AUGGCGGGCGCUGACGGCCCUCAACCGGCAGCUGCAUCGCCUCGCCUUCAGGUGACGCUCAACUCGGAUGAUCCGGCGUACUUCUCGUUGGGCAGGGUCGACGCGGCGUCCCGAGCGCUCGAUGAGGCCACAUACGACGGUUUCGUUGCGUCCAACUACCUGUAUGCGGCGCGCGAUUGCGGCCUCACCGCCGACGAGUGCGUGAUCCUCGCGCGCAACUCGCUCGAGGCGUGCUUUGUGGACGGCGCGACCAAGGCGCGCUAUGUGGAGCGGCUGAGGGCGUACUGCGAUGGGUGGCGCCCCGCCCCGCGUGACGAACCAUUCAGAGAGGCCAUCUAG